UACUAGCUCGCAAUCAGGAUAUUGGAAAUUGGAUUCGCGGGCACACGAAAUAACGCCCAUACAUUAGCAGCGUUUGUAAACAAUCAUUCGUUACGUGGGUUGUGGCGCAUCUUAGAGUCUCUCCGCAUGAGUCAACUAUUUAAGCAGGCCAAGGAGCUCUAUAAGAAUGAAAAGUAUCAAGAGUGCUAUGAAAUCGCUAAGGAAAUUUUGCGAAAUUCACCUGAUUACGGGGUAUUAAUAUUAAAAGGAGCUUCUUGCUCUCGAUUGGAAUAUCAUGAAGAAGCGAUAGAAUCCUACCUUUCAGCCUUGGAGAUUGAUCCAGAGAAUAGUCAAGCUUGGUUUGGUCUUUACAAUGAAAUCAAGAGAAGUCCUGAUAAAAAUGCUAAUAUUCUAUUAAAAGCAUGUUCAGUGCUCAUUAACAAAUCAUCUAGGUCAGAUUCACCUGAAAGAUAUUUGGAUUAUUCUAAAACGUUUAUUGAAACUGCGGUUCGGUUUCGGCUACCAUUACCUGCUGGAUACGAUAAGUUUGAUGAUUUAUGUGAACUGGUUCUGGAAAGCGAGCCCGGCAAUGUUUACGCCCUUGAGGCUUUUUUCCGUCUACAAAUAGAAUUUUUCAUGUUCUAUGGAUUUCCUGAAUUAAUUGAUCAGAGUUUGUUCAUCGAAUCGAAGUUCGCUAAAUUAUUCACGCAAUCAGGUCCACAAUACAUUAACCCUUCAUCUGUAUACGUUAAACGAUUGGAACGUUUUGGAGAAUCGCUGAAGGCAAUACAAGAGUCAAUGAAUUUAAGCAAAACUUCAAAUAUCACAUUAUGUUUAGGUCAUUUAUUGUAUAAAUUGUAUGUUUAUUUUAUUCCAAAUUUUGCAUCACCAACUGAUAAUAACGAGUAUGAUGUCACUACUUCAGGAGAUCGAACUGAUGAACACACUGAUUUAUGGGAUUGUAUACAAAGCGAGAUUAAUAAACUUAAUUAUGAUGGUAUUAUUGGAUUGAAUAACUGGAUAGAGCGGAACAUAAUUGAUCUCCAUGCCGGAUUUUUGUAUGCCUUGUCUGUGUUCAAGCGUUCUCAGUUCAAUGAAUGUAAUUUGAUAAUUAAUCAGUUGAUAUCUUAUAUUGAUAAAAAUUGUCGACAAUACAAUACAGAAUCUACUGAUUUUACUGGAUCAGUUGAUAAAUUAAGCAAGAGUUCAACUAGCAAUAUCCCGUCUCAACGUCUCAUGUGUACGCCACUUCGUUUAAACAUAACCAAAUUUUCAGAAAACGUACCAACAACAUGUGAUAUAUAUACAUUUGUUAAGUAUUGGCUAAGUACACUUUUGAUUGCAAAUACUUGUAAUUCAGAAGUCGCAACUAAUGAUAAUGAUGAACAAAUUGGAACUCUUCUUCGGCAAACUGAGAAUGCUGACUACAUUCCUUAUUGUUGGAAAGAUGUAUUUCUUACUCUUUCUAUGGAAUACUAUCUACUUGUGAAUAAUAUAAAAGCAUCAUUUCAUAUCCUGGAAAAGUGGAAAUCUCUUCAUGGUUGUCGAAAGGAAUCAAAAAUUGAUAAUGCCCGUUUAUCUCCUCGGUUUCAAGUCUGUUUAGUGUGGUUAAAGUUGGUGUUUAAUCUUAAGCCUGCGGAGUUAAAAAUUAUGGAGGAGAUAACACCACUCUCUGGCAAAGAGGAAUUAUUGAAUUUACUCAAAACAAGUGAUGCAAUUGGUUCCAGUCGUUUUCAGUAUUUAUUGGGAUAUGUUAUGAAAAUCUGUACACAAUCAUUCAAAGACUGUUCUUCUACAAUGGCCUUAGAACAGCAACUAGAGAAAUUCUCACUUGGUAUUCAGUUUGAUAUGCGUUAUUAUGCUAAUUACUUGCAAAUUGGUCACAUAUAUCGUGAGAUGGAAAAUUCAAAGGAAUCACUAACCGCUUAUGCUGAGGCUUAUCGUUUAAUGCCUUCUUUGCCAACUUGUGUGUAUUAUUAUGCAGUGGGAUUGUGUAGACAAGAGGAAUGGGAAAAGGCGUUAGAUGUCUAUUCUUCUAUAGACAAGAGUGAAUUCACCAAAGAUAUGUGGCUUAAUUAUGGUUUGAUUGGUUUACGUUUGGGUCGAAUUUACGAAUGUUUACCUGCUUUACAACGGGUUGUUCUGCUUAAAAAUGAGGCAUUACACUGGGAAAUUCUUGGAGAAGCUUACUUAUUACGUGGUAGUCAUGAGACUGCUAUCAGAUCAUUCAACCGGGCUUUAGAAUUGGGACCUAAUCGACCAUUUGCGUUAAUUCUGUGUGGACGAGCUUAUCGUCAUAUGAAUGAAAUUUCUGCAUCACUUUCUUGCUUUGAUAAGGCCUUGAGUGAGAUUGUAGGAUGUUAUAUGACUGAUCCGCUGUAUCGGAAGUUUUAUGUUCUAAUACUUAAAGAAUUAAUUGAAAUACAUAUGAUGAAGUGUCGAUCGAAUAUGUAUCAAGGAUUUACUGGUCAGGCGAUAAACGAUUUACAACAUGUUCUACACCUACUGGACAAACUACUGGAUUAUUUUGUUGGUUCAAAAGUUGUACCCUUUUGGAUUUUUCGAUACAUUGGAGAUGUUCUAAGUUUGCUUUCAGUUGUCGACGAUCCUAAUCUUUUAAUUGUAAUACCAUCACGUAUUAUUUCUUUAAUGAACAAUGCUGAGGAAAUCUGUGUCGAUUCGAAACUGAUGGAUGAUACGAUCAAACUAAAUAUUGUAAAUUGUCUUCAACUUGCCAAUAUGUGCGUGUAAUGUUUUCUUUUUUAUAUUUUGGGAUGAUAAAUGUCACACUUAAUAAUUUUUCUCCUAGCAGUAGUCAUGUACGUGUCAAUUCAUUUGUUGCAGUAUCUAGGAUUAUACAAUAAAUUGAUCAGUAUAGUAUAACCAAUAACAUGUGUCUAGACUUUAGUCAAACUUACAACGUAAUCAUCAAACUAGAUGCCUUGCCAUCGUGGAGGACUUUGAAUUGAUUAUAUCUGGAUUCAGGAAAAGAAAUCGAUUUUAAUAAGUUUGUAAAAGAAUAGUGUUCUUUUUUGAUUUUAGAGUACUAAAGAUAACUGGUCCAAAACGUUCCAACAGUCAGUAACGUUAUCAGCUAUUGAUCUUGGUUACAGAUGCAGGUCACUUGACUGAGAGGGAUUCUAGAGAUUCUAUGGAAUUCGUGAUUAAAACCCCAAAUGUUACAUUAGAAGACAAAUACACUCAGUUGUAAUGAUUCCCUAUCAUUAUAGCUUCGCAAUUCAUUCUGAUUCACCUAUUUUUACCAAAUUGCCCGUCUGUGUAACUGUUUAUUUGUCUGUAAGAUUUGAAAUGUUACUUGGAGCUACUGUAACCAUCGUUUUGCCAUUUCUUUUCAUUUUAAUAUCAAUUUCAUCAAACGAAAUUACGAUAACAAUUUAAAAGUUCUCUAUACUGGUAAAUAAAUUAAAGUGUUUCGGACAAUAGUUAACGCUUACAGUAGAAAGAAUUCAACAAUUAUUAUGAAUGUUCUUUCUGAAGCGCUUUAAUCUAGUUAAAAUUUAAUACAGUUUGGUUUUCACGUUUUUUUACCUAAAUACUAACUUCUUAGUGGAAUGUUGUGGAGACAAUCAUUUAGCUUUUUUGACUUGAUUGAUAGUUUAGGCACAUUACUAAAGCCUUCGGAAAAAUAUCGGAUUGUAAUUAGACUAGAUUUUGGAUAGCCUAGCUUCUGAUGUGUGUAUAUACAGUCGAACAGCGGGGUAGAAAGCCAUCGUCACUCGUCUUAUGCUUGACUUACGCUUUGUGUGCAGUUUUGUUACCCACCAUUUUGCCAACAUUUUAUCAAAGCAAGUAAUUUUGUCAAGCCUUUUUGUAAACGUUAUGGUUUAAUACAAUUUCAUUAUCUAACUAAAUAUGAAGUUAUAAACUGGGUUGGUAAAACGCUAAGUUCUUACUCACUUAUACUUGAAAUCAUCUGUUAACAUAUUAUUUCAUUAGCCAAGUCAGCUGCAUUCAUGGGGCUUCCCAUUCAUUUUGAUAAUGUGACUUUUAAAGCUUAUUUAGCGAUUACAGUAAAGUACAAUGUGUGCUCACUUGAUUCAUGUAGCUUCCAAACGGUGACUUUAUUAAAAAUUAGGGCGGUGAUAGCUUAUUGCUUUCAUUAUUGGGAAUAAGUCGGAUAAUAUUGCAGUGUGGAGAUUAGCACGUUGAAGGAGCAUCAUCAGUUCUCUAAGUAUGGUUGCUAAAGUUACUAAGUCCAGAGGGAUCUUAUUGUAUUUUGUCAUUUAGAUUUCUUAUCGUUAGGUCGACUAGGCAUUUGUAUUGUCUUGGGUAGGUAAAAUUCAGUUUCCGCUUUUGUUGCACUUCUAAGUGAUAUUGGGUUUUCUGGAGAUUAUGCAUACACUUAGUAAUUGUUUGUAUAUUAAAAUGCAUAAUUUCCUUUAUUACAUCUUUCUAAUAUAUAUAUAUAUAUAUAUAUAUAUAUAUAUAUAUAUAUUACAGUCUUUGUAAUCUAGAGUUGUUUCGCUUUACAUUUUUCCCCAGUUAUUUAGCCUGUGCUAUUCGGAUACGUUUGAGUUCAGUUAGAUAUCCAACAGUGUCGUUACAACUCAAUGCUUCUCUUACUUCUCCUACUAAUGUUGUAGCAUCUGGAAGUGAUGCAGAGAAUCAUCCAUCAAAAUUAUUAAUUAUCAG